UCUUCGGAAUUCUUCUCUAGGAUGAUGGGUGGGAUGGCAUGUGAUGAUCCAAGUAUAAAUACUCCUUUGGUUUCUUCAAAUCCUCACUCGAUUCAUCUUGUGUCUUCUGUUCCUCCCAGGAAAAGCAGCUUCUAAUUCCACAAUGAAAUACAUCAUUGCUACCCUCCUUUUGGCCUCAGUUGCCAUGGCAGCUGAUAUGGGCAUGAAUAUCGCAGGUCCCGCCUACAACUUCGGGUACAACACUGGCGAUGCUGGUGGCCAUAGUAGAGUGGAAUCUGGCACUGCUGGAGCCGCUGCCGGUAGCUACAGCUACAUUGAUGCUAACGGAGACCGAAGAACCGUCCACUACACCGCAGGACCUGAUGGAUUCAAGGCCUCAGGAGACAUCGGAGUUGACAGGAAAACCGCUGCAGCUGCAGCUGCCCUGGCCGCCCUCGCCCCUAAGGCUCCCCCAGCACCUGCUCCAGUUGCCCCAGUUGCUCCCUUUGUUCCUGGAUACUACGGAUAUUAUGGAGCUCCCCAUGUCUAUUCUCAUGCCUUCCCAGGAUUCGCUGGAUAUGCUGCCAGAUGGUAAAUCGCCAAUCGUGACAGAUGAAGAAGUUUGGAAAUCGACGCUCAAAGGACUGAUAUUUGGACUCGUGCCAUAAAAGGCUGCUUUGGGUAACAUUUUGCUUGAACAACGGCUUCUCAGGGCUGCGGUUGUGAUAUUUCGGUGUUAAUGCUCAACAGCAACUACAAUCCAACAAAUUGUCAUAAAUGUUUUCAUUGUUUCGUCAGAAAUAUUCUUGUCAACAAAGUUCUAUUGUAAAUAGUAGGAAAUAAAUUGUUUGCAAUUUUUUAAA